AUUUCAAUUUUCUGAUUCCAAUUUUUUGGAGAAUGGGUUGUGGUGCUUCAAAAAAUGACGUGAUAAAGUCAGCAUCAAGUGAUAUUCUCCCAAAAAAGAAGGACGGUUCCAAUGAUUCUGCUAUUUCGGAAGCCAGUACUAUUCCGGCACAUGAUGGGGACAUGUACCAGCAGAAUGGCAAACCUCCAAAAGUCCUACCUCCACUCAAACCCUUAAGAAAUCCGAGAGAAAAGCCACCGGAGCCGAUAGCAUUUGAAGUACCAGCGGGUGAUGAUGACCCUUCCGCUGUCGGAGGCGAUGGUUCCCUAAUCAAGAAGCAUCCGCCCAGGAGGCUUCGACAAUUAGAGGAAAGGUCACCCGAAGCUGUGAACAAUUUAACACAAGAAGAUAUUCAGGAGAAAGUCGCUUUAGCAAAUCAAAGAAGAAAUCAGGUAUUAACGCAACGUGUUGCUAGUGCGAGACAAAAGUCAGCAAGAGGAGGAAGGUCGAGAAGACCAGUGAUGAGUAAUGACCAAUAUACGAUGGCUGAAUUGGAAAAUGAACUGUACGGGAACAAUAAUUCUGAGGCGCUUGGUGGCAUGGGUGGAGGAAUAGACAACGACUUUUCAUGACUUGUCCAUCGCUCACUCCAUGCAUAUUGAAUAUGAAUAUGUAAAUAUGUAGUUAACUCGAAAAUGAAUAAGGCUUAUUAAUAAUCCGAAUAAUUUUUUAGUAGAGGAGUAGACUGUUGUAUGUACAUUAAUUCGUUUCAAUAACUCUUAACGUGAUCAUUCGAAUAUUAAAAUAAAUUCUGUUUCGCAACGAUA